AUGGUAGCACCUGUGGGCUCCGGACAUUAUCUGUGGCGUGCUCAGGGUCAAGGCGUGCCUCGUGUACCCGUUCCUAGCGCCCCGCCCCUCCUCCUCCGAAGCGUCCUCCAACCGUUGGGCUCCUGUAUUGUCUACGCUGUGUUCUCACCGACACCCAAGAUUGCCUUCUUUAUACUCUACCUUCAGCUGGCAUUGUGGUCGGGAUAUUGCCCUCUUCGCACUGGCAUGGGCCCUCUCCGAGAGAUACAAAAAAGGAUCGGGAGAAGCGACGACUUGAACGAGGCAAUCACUUUGCACAGAGCUGCUUUGGAACUCAGACCAGUUGGGAAUGAUGAACGGGCCUGGUCACUCAGCAAUGUUGCGUACUGUCUUUCGAAGAGAUAUGACAAGCUGGGGGUAGUCGACGACUUAGAAGAAGCCAUCACCCUUGGACGUGAAGCACUAGAGCUCUGUUCGCCUGGACAUCCCGGUCGUGGUAUAUCUUGCUACAGUCUCGCUCACUUCCUCAGAAAGAGGUUCCAGAAGCAGGCUAAUUCGCGUGACCUGGAUGAAGAGAUUGAGCUGUACCGUGCAGCUUUGGAAGUGUAUCCCCAUGGACAUAAUCAACGGCCUUCGUCGCUCCAUAACCUCGCUCGCUGUUUUUCAGAUAGAUAUAAGAUAGAAUCCGCGAAGCCUGACCAUGCAACAGCAGUGCUCCGUUCAUCUGGGCACCCUGAUCGUGGCGAAACUGAUCUGGACGAGGCUAUUGCAUGUGAGCAAGAAGCUCUGCAGCUACUCACAUCCGGAGAUCCUUGCUACGAAGAAUACCGGCGCUGCCUCAUAGCCUACCUCCAAAUAAAGACCAGGUCACAGGUCACUACACUGCCCUCCAAUUCAUCACCCGCUGCCAACUUCGACAUUAAGCAAGUCAUCCGUGAUGUUGCAUUUGAAAAACUCAAAGCCAUACCGCCUAGGCUGCUGCACACAGUUACUGGCUUCCUAUGCAACCGGGACGCACAGAUAUCGCACUUUAUGCGCAGUCAAGAGUACGGUCAACUACUGUCUUCGUGCGCAACAUGCGAUCCGAGUCAACAAAUGAAACUAAUCCGUGCUGAAGUCUCGAAAUACUUUCGGUUCGUCACGCUUUCUCACCGCUGGGGGGAAGGCGAGCCAUUAUUGCGCGGCAUCGAGGACAAGAAUAUAUAUGGCAUGUCAGCCAAGGACGGCUUGGGAAAGCUCCAGGCCUUCUGUGCUGUUGCUUGCGAACAGGGUUACUUUUGGGCAUGGAGUGACACGUGCUGCAUAGACAAAGGCAGCAGCGCCGAGUUGCAAGAAGCGAUAGGAUCAAUGUUUGCGUGGUAUCGACGCUCUGCCCUGGCCGUUGUCUACCUUUCUGACGUUCCCGAUACUGGUUCGUUUGGGAGCAGCGAAUGGUUCAGGCGUGGAUGGACUCUGCAAGAACUACUGGCUCCCCGACGUAUACUUUUCUAUACCCGAAACUGGUCGCUUUACAAGAACCUCGCGACUUCAAACCAUAAAGCCGAUGCUGCUGUGCUAGAAGAGCUGGAGGGGGCAACUGGAAUAGAGUCCCGGUUCCUCACUAACUUUUCUCCAGGUAUGAAUGAUGCACGUUCGAGGCUGCAGUGGGCAUCGUUGCGUCGUACCACCCGGCCUGAGGAUAUCGCCUAUUCACUUUUUGGGGUCUUUAAUAUCCACCUGCCCAUUCUUUAUGGCGAAUCUGCUGAGAAUGCGCUUGGCCGUCUCCUGGUCGAAGUCAUAGGGCAGUCUGGUGACAUCUCGAUCCUGGAUUGGACAGGAAAGGCGUCGCCGUUUAAUAGUUGUUUUCCUGCCCACAUCACUUCGUACCAAAAGCCGCCGUUGUCUCCGCUCCAACCUGAUGCAGAAGAAGAUACAACGACAAGACUUCCAUCGAGGACGCGCGAGGAGUCCGUGUCGUUGUCGUCCACAGCACUACAGAUGUUGUACUGCUCACUCGCUAAUUCAUCCCUUCCGCGAUUUCUCAGUCGCCGCCUUACACUGUCAUGUAUCGCUUACGCUGUUACGGCGAUUCGGCGGAGAGGGUCUGGACGGAGUUACGGUUACAAAAUCCGGGCAUCUGGUCUCAGGCCACUUGAGACUACACUGCCAAGUGAGCUAGAAGACGAGGUGGUUUCGCAAAGCACUCUGUUACUCGUUCGCCCUUGGCACUCGAAGCUGCUCGAUCCACCCACCGAGUUGAUACACGGUACGCCUGAAGAGCAGCUACUGCUCACAUUGGGAAGGCCAUUUACCGCUCUUUUAUUGAUUGAACUACCCCACAACGAGUACAAAAGGAUUGCAUCUUCUACCCCCAUCAUUGCCCAGCCUUUAGACUCGACCAGUAUCCUGCAAAGCGACGUUAGGAUAUUGGAGAUUGUUCGCACGUUAGUUUGGCGACGAAUCCUACAGGAGAUCCGACGGAUUCAGCUAACAGACCACCUCACAGACACCGCCAAUGCCAAUGUUGGGGUACUCCUUGAUCACGCUUUUGCGGCUGUCACUCAACGCUUGGAUUCACCUUGGCAGGUCAAAAUUAUGGCCUAUAAGCUGUUGAAUCCCAUCCCUGGUUGGGAUUGCAAGUCGCAUCAGGAUAUUAAGGACGCACUUGGCAAGAUAGACAAGCAAUUUUUCUUCGACAAGGUUUAUCGCCCAAGUCCCAGCGUCCCAUUAUCGGAGCUCCAUGCAGACUUUCGCCUGUUGCAAGUUCUCGUUUUUUUUUCAGUUUGUCUGAGGAGCGACUCCAGCACUUGGAUGAUCAAUCGACCUACCAUGGGUGUUCCUCCGGUUGAAGAGCUUAAAAACUUGGUCCAGAAGCCGCUAGCUGAAGGGGAGAAGAUCCCCAUCCCAUUGCGCAUUUUUGCAAGUCUCCUUUCCAUCAGUAUCGAGGACCGGUGUAGUCAGGAUGAUCUCAGCACGUUAUUCACGCUUGGUGAAUUUCCUUUCCACCUCCUGGCUGUCCUCGUUGCGUAUGAUUUCAUUUCCUUUUUGGACAAAAAUAUUCGCUAUAUCCUCGAACUCCUGGAGCCGAGUGGCCGAACGAUCCGUAACAGCUAUGAAGAGCCGACGCAAAUGAUCUUCCCCACCUUCAACUUCACGGUCAACGGCCUAUGCCUGUUUCAGGGAGAGGAAAAAGGUCCCGACAAUAUGAAGGACCCUCGGGAGGAACUCAUCAACAAAUUGACAUGGACGUACCGCCCUGCUCCUUACAUCUUUGCCUAUUAUUGCUAUGGUUCUCGUAUGACGCUCGCGGCCAUCACUGCACCUAAAAGCGACGAAGAGAAGCCGGGACUUGAGGAUAUAGUCACCAUUGACCUGAGGAGGAGAAAGUACCGUAUCGCAAACAUCCGCCACCUCAUUAACCUCUCGGCGCUUCUCCACCCGCUGGCUAGCCUCGUGCCGCCUCCUACCUCCCACUGA